GAAGGUCUAUUUGGUCCACUUGUUUAGCAAAUUUAGGAACUUGGUUUUGGUUAAUUUUGUGCCAGCAUUUCAAGUUUGGUUCUUUUUUUUUAAAGGCCCCAAGUAGCUCCAAAAUUAGGCUAUUUUUUCAUUUUGUUUUACUUUUGGGUGAUAUAUAAUGGUCUAUUUGGUCCACUUGUGUAGCAAAUUUAAGAACUUUUUCUGCUUAGUUUUGUGUCAGCAUUUCAAGUUUGGUUCUUUCUGGAAGGUCCACUUUGGCUUUUGGGGGUUUUCAUGUUUUCCCUUUUCAAAAUUUAGGCGUUAUUGGGUGAAUUUUGACGUUAUUGCAUGCCUCAAUUUGACUUUCUUCCUCAUAAUUUUUCAUAUCUGGGGUUUCUGGUGCCAGAUUAUAAUUUUGAAUGUGUUUUGGUAGUAUUCAAUUGAAUUACUUGACAAUUUCUUCAAGAGGCAUAAUUACUAGGGUAUCUGGGUUAGAAAUUGGCAAAUUCAUUAUUUACUUUCCAUUUUCUAGGUGUGGUGGAUGGACCAUGGAGAGCACUAUUUAAGGAGUCACUCUCAAGGAAAGAAAACCAUGGUUCAUCUGCAAGCUCAGUUCAGCAAUUGGGUUUCCCUGCAUAGAAUUCUCUAUUAUAAUUGGUAAAGUGUUUAGAAACAGUAGAGCUUGGCACAACUUUCUUCUUGGCAACAACGGGUCUUUUGGUUGAGCUUGUUUCUGACAGUCUGUAGCAGUAGCCCCAAGAAAAAAGCACAAAAGAGGAUUUAUAUUUAAUCCGGUGCUUCAUUGCUGGGGCUGCCUUGACAAUUCUUUGUAUUAGGAGGUUUGCUGUUUGUGCAAUCUGAUUUUUCGAUAUGGCUAGGAAAGGGAACAAUAAGAAAUCAGGACCUGUAGCUCGAAGAAAUACCAGAGGUAAGAGCAAAUCAGAUGAUGCUUCUGUAGAUAAUAUGACAAUAAGGGCUCUGAAGGACGAAGUAAUGAGAAAGGCUGCUGGUAGCAAGCCUAAGGUAGAGAAAUCUGCGGCCAAACAGGAUAGAAAAUCAAAUGAUGUUACUGUAGAUGAUGAUCUGAUAAUGGGGGCCUUGGAGAAUGAAGUAAGGGGGAAGGUCGCUGGUGAUAAGUCCAAGGGAGAGAAAUCUGUGGCCAAACAAAGCAGCAACUUGAAGGACUGUGAUGUACAUGAUAAUCUGAAGAUAGGGGCUGUGAAGAAUGAAGUAAUUGGACAGGUUUCUGGUGGUGAGUUAAAGGGAGAGAAGUCUGCAGCAAGAAAAAGUGAGGCAGGUGGGGUCAAACUUAUUGCGGAAAAAAUUGACACACAUACUAUCAUGAUGGAAGAGAGUAAACAGGACAUGGCUACUCCAGUGAAGCGAAAGAGGGGAGCAGAUGGGGAGAUAGCACAGGCAUUUUGGUCAUCCCCGGUGAUAAGUUUGUCUAGGCUUCGCCCAAGAAAGGAGGUGCCUGCUUUUCGGAUGGUAGAUUUGGUUGAUGAUGACAAUGAAAGGAUCGUUGGCAAAAGAGUUAAGGUUUAUUGGUCAGGGUCACGAAAAUGGUUCAUUGGAUGCAUCAAAGCUUUUGAUAAAAAGAACAGGCUGCAUAGGAUUCGGUAUGAAGAUGAUGAAGAUGAGAUUGUGGAUUUGAAGAAAGAGUUGUUUGAGCUUGAAAUUAAGCCUGCUGAUGGUUUCAAGUUGAAAACCAAACCCAGUUCUGGAAAGAAAGUCAAUGGCCUGGAUGGUAACAAGGGCAGUACUGAAACUUGGUGUGAAAAUGUUGAAAUGGUGGAUGCUCAGAAAGUGGAAAAGCAAUCAGAGCCAAAGGAUAGAAUGGCUCCCAUAGGUGUUAAGAAGAAAAGGUCCAAGUCACAGAGCAGGAGAAAAGGCAAAGAGGAGGACCUUGAUGCAAAUAAGGAAAUUGUUUCACAACAUGAUGAAACUAAGAACGAUAUAAUGCAUGGUGAUAUUGAUUUUGACAAAUCUGUGGAAAUUAAUAAUCAAGAGGGGGAUGAGGAGAUUGAUUCUCUUGCAAGGGAAGCAUGUGAAGAAGAAUGUGGAAUGUUGGCUGAAGCCCAAUGUAAGAAACCGGACUUCAAUGCCAAGAAGAAAGAAGAUGAUCAAGUGGAAAAGCAGACUGAGAUAGAAGAUAUAAUGGCCUCCAAAGAUGCUAUAACUAGUUUGAGUUUAAGCUCAAAUCCUCAAGGUGUGAAAAAUGAUAUGGACAAGCUGGCAGCAAAUGCAGAAGUCUCUGGUCUUCCUAAUAAAGUUGAAGAGAAAGUGACAGGGAAACAAAUCAAUGUUGAAGGGCCCAGGGAUGCUGAUACUGUGAAAAGUUGUGAUGGGACCAAAAUUCUUCUGGAAGCAGCAAGUGAAGGGGCCUGUGAGUCGUCUGAUGGUGCACUGCAUAUGUUUCCAAAAAAUCUUGGAGAGGAAGAUCCUGAAACUCUGAAGGUUAAACUGGAAGUAGGGAACAUUGAAAAAGGUAUAUGUGAGGAGGGAAACUUGACCGGCCAGAAGACUAAGGAUAACAAAGAAGCCGAACCAAACCUGUCAGAAGGGAGAAAGCCAUAGUUCAAACAUAGUGGGUAAUUAUCUGGUGUUUUGAGGUUGAAGCCAGCUUUUGACUGCAAAAAUGCUUUGUAUCCGAGCUUGAUUGGUGACUUCAAUCUUCAUGGAAAUUGAUGGCAAACAUGGGAAAAUGCUUUUCUUUUUUAUUUCUUUUUUUCUUAGUUUUUUCUUUCUUCUUUUGCCCCUUCUCUUUCUAAUCAGAGAAGUAGAAACUAUGUGAACCUUUUAUUCAGAGCAUGUCCUCUGAGUUAUCUAUAAGAACUUUAGCGCUUUUAUUAUUUA